UUGCUUUGAUAAUAAUCGGCGCGUUCUUUUCUAGUGGACAGACACAGGCAGGCAGAAUCAUACAGAUUAGUCGAUUCGGUUACUCCAAGCCCAGUUGUAGCAUGCACAGUGUGAACUCAGCUAAAUAAGCACUUUGGAUUCUGUGUAUUGUGAAAAAGGACUUGUUUGUUGUGAUGUGACAGUGUAUUAUUAUAAAAGUAUUGUAAUUGCAAUCCGAUAACAUAGGCAGCAUGUUUUUAUAUGUAUAUUUACGGUUUCACUAUCUACGUAAGGUUAUUGGAUUGUAAUGAUACCAACAAGGACGUAGUUUGUGAGCAGCAGUAUCGGUCGGCGAUAUGACGUCUUCAGGCGGAGCGAGUACGCAUCUUGGAAUGCAUUCAGCUAUGGCUAGCCAGUUAGGACUUGCAAGCCCUACGACGGAGUUUGGGUUGACGGUGGGUGUGCCAGCGCCAGUUAUGGGCCAUGACAUGCAAGCUCCUAACAGCGGUGAUUCCUCUUCCGAUUCACACUCACCAGGUAUGCCUACCGCAAAAGCAAGUGAUCGGGAGUCUCGUAUUAUAGCUGAGAAGCAACGACGGAGCCAAUAUAAUUCCCAAAUAAGUCUAAUUAUGUCGUUGUUGUCGGAUAUAGUGCACUCGCAACGCAAAGUAGAUAAGACGAGUGUGUUAAGACUCGCCGCUAACAAGCUCCGUAACGAGCAUGUGUUUGGUAACACAAUCAAAUGUGGCCACUUGGAGACUUGGUCAUCAUCGUUUUUGAAGUUUUUCGACCUGUUUGGUGGCAUUAUGUUCGGUGUAACAUGCCGUGGUCGUUUGUUUAUUGUAUCUCCUAAUGUCCAAGAAAAGUUGGGAUACUGUCAUAUUGAUUUACUUGGGCAAGACAUGUAUAAUUACAUACAUCCAGAUGAUAAAGAAAUCCUUCGCCAUCAUAUUUAUCCUCAAGAAUUACAAACAAGUUGUGAUAGCCGGCUUUUUGAACAUCAUCACAACUUUCAUGUUCGUAUUACAAGAGCAGGGGCCCGUUCUGAUCCUGCAAGGUACGAGAGAUGCCGUAUUGAUGGCAUAUUAAGGCGCUCUGAUAAAGCUACUUCUAAUGGUGUACAAGAUGAACAGAUUAUAAGACGACAAAGAGUUCGGACCAACAGAACCUUUUCUUCAAGUGGUAAUGAUGUGGUUUUUAUUGGUAUGAUCCAUGUAUUAUCCAGUGCCAUGCCAGCACGUAUCUUACCACCAACAGCCUAUUCUGAAUAUUGGACGAGGCAUUUGAUAGAUGGGCGUAUAGUGCAGUGUGACCUAAGCAUCUCAUUAGCCAUAGGUUACAUGACUGAAGAAGUUACGGGAACCUCGGCAUUUGUAUUUAUGCACAAAGAUGAUGUUCGCUGGGUUAUAUGUGUUCUGCGACAAAUGUAUGAUGAGAGCCGAGAAUUUGGUGAGUCUUACUACAGGCUGAUGUCACGCUCUGGACACUUUAUAUACAUGAGGACAAGAGGAUUCCUGGAAAUUGAUAGAAAAACUAAAAAGGUCCAAAGUUUUGUUUGUGUUAACAGUGUUAUUGGAGAGGAUUAUGGACUUAGAAUGAUGGAAGAAAUGAAAAGGAAAUAUUCUGUCAUUAUUGAUGUAGAGAAACAGCAGAAUGAGAUUGCAGCCACUGAUGAUGCUCCAGUAGAGCAUCCAAAGCGCUUAGAGCGCAUUGUCAUGCAUCUUGUUGAGCCAUCAGUCAAUGAAAAUAUUGAUGAGCUGAAACUUGUGCCACCUUCUAAAGAAAAUAUAAUUUCUGCAAUUCAGAACAGUGAAAAGGUUGUUCAAGAAACUGGAGUACGAUUUGACUCUAGGAAGAGGAGAAAAAUUGACUGUGAUGACAGCAGUGAAUAUUUGAAAAGACACAGUGGACUUCAAGAUGUUAAUGUUGAUCUGUAGAUUGUGAAUAACUUUGUGAUGUCUGUUCCUAAGAUGAUUAGUUAAGUUUUCAAAAUGGUUAUUAUUUACGUAAGUAGAUGGUAUAGCUGACCAAAUGUUCAAUGUGGAACAUUAUUAUUGUUGUUUUAUUGAUAGUGAUAAUUGAAGCCUGCAAGCUGUCGACUAUUACAUACAAUAAAAGAAAAGAAAGACUGUACAGUACCUAACCAGGCAAGUUGACAUGAUAUUGAUAUUGAUCCAGGUAAAUAUUUCACUUCAUAUUGAAAUGUAUAAAUGUCAAAUUUACUGCUGAAGUAACACACAUAAUUAUGAUAUUAUAUAAAAAAACUCAUUACCACACCAUUCUUUUGAGGUGCGACCUGCAUCCUUGAAUUGAAACAAAACACACAAAAUGCAGCUGGUUUACCUUGUACUUAAAUAAAAUAAUAAAUUACAUAUUGUACCAAAAACUUUCAAUUAAAUAAAUAUUAAAACUCCUUGUUAGAUAAAUGAAUACGAAAUUUCUGUCCAUGUAAAACAGACUAAGGCCAAUUCGAAUUUGCUCAAAUUUUAACAUUCAUCAAAAUUAGGUAUGUUUGUAUGGAGUAAUGAUGAAUAAGAUCUCGGAGGGACCAUGUCAGGAUGAAGCUCAAUUGUUACUUGUUAAAAAUAUUAGGGCUACGACAUAAAUGCCAGUGACGCCAUGUCUUAUGCAGAAUUUUUUACUAUUGCCAACCAUAGGAAUUAUGAUACCAAUUAAUAUAAUACUGAAAUGUAGAUAUUACUAGUGUUACUUCAAAAAAUAAGCGUUUAAACCACCUUUAUGUUGUCAAAAUUUACGUAUUGUUACAUGGUGGCAUAUUUUUUAUUUCGUUGGCGGAGCGUCUUUUCUAAUUCUGCCGUUUUUCCUAUUAUUCAUAUUUGUUUCUUUUUCAAUCGUCAAUUUAAAUAUUUUUGAACGUCGGAAUUGCAUAUCGAUUAGAAUUAACUACAUGGCAAAACUUCGGUAUAUGGCCGGACUAGAAAAUAGCUGUUAACUCAUUAGAAUAUCAGAAUAUUACAAGCUAAAAUAUUGUAAAAGUGGUUUGACCAGGCUCUAUUUUAAUCGCUAUGUCCGUUACGUUGGUAAUUCCAAUGAGUGGUCAUAUUCAUGUUUACCUCGGAAAUACUACUAAAUCUAUUGAUUCGCUAAAGCGGCCAUCGCCCUUUAUCUUUAUACAUAUUGACAUGGCAACUAACUGUACCUUGCGGCGAGUUCUUUUGUACUAUUCAAUCAAUUAGAAGAUGAAAAGAAAAACCUUAGCGAAUACAGUAUAACCUACUAAAUUAUUGCUUGUACAAUGGAUUUACUUUUAGUCCUAUGAAUGUAAAAUAUUUUUGUCAACCGAGCUAUACUUGGGAGAGAAGAAACAAAGAUGUUUUAUUUCAUUCAGUUAUUCUAUCCUUUUCAUAAAACAUUAUUGUAUUUGGUACUGAAAAUAGCCCUAGAGCAGCAGUUUUUGUAGGCAAACCCGGCGGGGAAAAUGAUACAAUAAUAUUACUCUAAUCUUUAAAUAUUUCCAUGUAUAUAACUUUAAUAAAGUAGAUCUUUAGAAUAGACCGCAA